UGAUAGCGAGAGAAAACAGAGCAGCAGUAGUAGUAUUAGUACUUCUUCUACUAGUCCUGCUUCCUUUGUCUGGGUGACACCAUUAAUAGAGAGAGUCAGAGAGCACAAGCGCGACACGAGCACACAGAGACACCUCUCUGUCUAGUUUCCACACACACACAUAAGCAAAACAACCCAAAACAGAAACCCUUUAAGCCUCCUUGCCUGCCCUGUUCUGGGUCUCUCUGUACUUGAAUAUUAAUAGCCUGAAAAAUGAAGGAGAAGAACGACGACGGCGGCGGCGGUGGGUAUGUGAGGGCGGACCAGAUAGAUCUGAAGAGCUUGGACGAGCAGCUUCAGAAGCAUCUGAGCAGGGCAUGGACUAUGGAGAAGAACAAGAACAGAGACCAGCAGGAGCAACAAGAACAAGAACUGGAAGCGGAAGCAGCAGCAGCUAGGGUGGUGGGUCCCACCAGGAGGCAAGAGUGGGAGAUUGAUCCUUCCAAGCUCAUAGUCAAGGGUGCUAUUGCCAGAGGCACCUUCGGCACCGUCCACCGUGGCAUUUACGACGGCAUAGACGUCGCCGUUAAACUUCUAGAUUGGGGAGAAGAGGGCCAUAGAACUGACGCUGAAAUAGCUUCUCUAAGAGCAGCAUUUACUCAAGAAGUUGCUGUGUGGCAUAAGCUUGACCAUCCUAAUGUAACCAAGUUUAUAGGGGCGACAAUGGGAACAUCAGAGCUGAACAUACAAACAGAUAAUGGCCAGGUUGGCAUGCCAAGUAAUGUUUGUUGCGUUGUUGUCGAGUAUUGUCCUGGUGGUGCACUGAAAUCUUACCUCAUAAAGAACCGCAGAAAGAAGCUGGCUUUCAAAGUAGUUGUCCAAUUGGCACUAGAUCUUGCACGAGGUUUAUGCUAUCUCCAUUCACAGAAGAUUGUUCACAGAGAUGUUAAAACAGAAAACAUGCUUCUGGACAAGACACGUACUGUAAAAAUAGCUGACUUUGGGGUUGCUCGUGUGGAGGCCUCAAAUCCUCAUGACAUGACAGGGGAGACUGGAACCCUUGGUUACAUGGCUCCAGAGGUUCUCAACGGCAAUCCAUAUAACAGGAAAUGUGAUGUGUACAGUUUUGGCAUAUGCUUGUGGGAAAUAUACUGCUGUGACAUGCCGUAUCCUGAUCUUAGUUUCUCAGAGGUGACAUCAGCUGUUGUCCGUCAGAAUCUGAGGCCUGAGAUACCUCGUUGUUGCCCAAGUUCUCUUGCAAAUGUUAUGAAGCGAUGUUGGGAUGCUAACCCCGAUAAGCGGCCCGAGAUGGAUGAGGUGGUGGCCAUGUUGGAGGCUGUCGACACAACUAAAGGCGGAGGUAUGCUCCCUCAUGAUCAUCCUCAGGGUUGUCUCUGCUUCCGUAAGUAUCGAGGACCUUGAAAGAUCUUCUCCUUCAUUUGAUGCAAAAGAGGUUGUGGGGAAUGGAAUUAUUCUGCAUAUUAUUGAAUUGGAUAGAUCUGAGUAUUAAGAAGAGUGGAGUGAACACAAAUUUGUGGAGGCUGUAGGCUUAGAGGAGCUCUGCACUAUCUGUUACUUUGUUGGACUAGAUUUGUAAAGCUUUUCUUUCUUUUUGUUAUCUCCUAUCUAUGAAAAUCCAUGUAAUUUCACAACCUGGUUACUUUGAGUAAAUGGACCAAAUAUCAGAGCUUUCAUACAUGAAUUAAUAUGA